AUGGCCGAUAUUGCUGGAGACGUGUCCCUGGGACUCACUUACGCGUCUCACCAAUACGGUGAUCAUAACCGCCAGAAGCUAGGCGUUUGGCGCUUCUCCAAUCGCUCCGAUCAGAAGUCAGGCCAUUGGGUGGUCUUCAUCCAUGGAGGCGGUUGGCGUGAUCCCCGUAACAAUGAAAAUGAUUUCACCGAGAGCAUAAAGCGCAUCGUCAUCUCGGGCGCUGUUGCAACCCUGGAUAUCGCCGGUUUCAUCAGUAUCGACUACCGACUAUCCCCUCAUCCAGAGUUUCCCCAGGAAGCAGCCAGCGCAAAGCACCCAGAUCACUUGCAAGAUGUCUGGUCGGCUUUAAACUACGCACAAGAAAAGUAUGGAUUGUCGGAGAAUUACAUACUGGUCGGUCACUCUGCUGGCGCAACCCUUGCAAUGCAACUUUUGAUGAGUGACGAGAUUCUCCCAUCUCAUCCCAAGGGUCCCCUGCCUACUGCCAUAAUUGGAGUUUCAGGCAUCUACGACCUAGUUGGACUCAACGAGAGGUUCAAUGGCGGGUACGCUGGUUUCAUUGGAUCCGCAUUUGGCGAGGACAAGUCUGAAUGGGAAAAGGCCUCACCAGCCAAGUUUGGUUCAAGCUUUAGAAGCAAGUGGUCGAAUGGGAAAUUGGUCCUUCUUGCCUGGUCUCCUGAAGACGGCCUCAUCGACGAGCCCGAGAUUGACAACAUGGUAACUAUCUUGACCAAACAGGAGGUUAACUUGGAGGUCAACAAGGAUUUGAGAGGUGAGCACGACUAUGUGUGGCAAGAUGGUAGCCAGAUCGCCCGACUAGUCAUCACCACUCUUCACCAUUUGCGCAGAAUAUAA